GGUGUUGUGUUAUUUUCGACAAACGUCAUUCAAACGAAAAACAACAACAAAAAGGUUACACAAAAAAAGGAAUUACAGGAAAAAAACACACCAAUACACCUUGCAUUUUGCUUUCCACUUUUGUGUUGUCGCCUCGUUUCACGGGGAGAUGAUGUUAUGUUAGAUAAUUGGUCUUUUACUCAGUGGAUAUGCAUAGAUUGGUGAUUAGACAACGAUUCCGACCAGUCCACCACCGAACGAUUGGAUUCCAAAACCUCGAAUAAUUCCUACUACAGCAAGGAAGCGAACACUCGCCAAGGCAAAUUAGCAUCAGUGGCGUAGCAAAAUAUUUGUACCCCAUUCCAGCAUAUCCUUGCGGCAGCAGUGUGAAAGUUAAACGGGUGAGAAAGCAGUUGUGCGCAUACGUCCUCCCACGAACGACGUCUUACGGGUCAAGUGACGAAGCAGCAAACAGCAAGCACAACUAAAUAAACACCGAGUCCGCCACCGUGGAAAACAUGCCAUUCCAUAAGUACAUUUUUACACCGAGACUGUUGAAAGAAUACGAUGGAUCCCGGGACAAUUACGAACCGGGAACGUUGGAAAAAUAUGGAGAUCAGCUACUGACAGCUCUUAAUCUGAUGUGGAGUUUCAGCUACUACACCUCGCCUAUCCUCGUGUCCAUCCUCUAUCGACGCGGUUAUUUCGUCGCAGAAUCCGUUGGUACGUUUGCGAAGGUGACGACCGGUAUUGGGCUGUUGGUGGCCGUGUCACUGUGUAUGCGAGGUCUGGGACGGUCGAUGAAUAUGGUGUACGUUCGGUUUGCGGAAACGCUCGAAAAUGCACGUCGUAACAGUGAUCGCUGCGGUGAUGCAAAAACGGCCCUCCGACGAUACGACUUUGAUUUUCAUCAAUGGCCAAUCGAUUACAUCGUUAAGGGUGGAAGCCGUAAAACAACAGCUCAGCGUAAUAAGAACUUCUGGAUUUCAUCGCUCCCGUGCCAGAUUGCAGCUUACGUAGCUAUACACACGUUUGGCAUUCGUAUGAUCUAUCCUGGCUCGGUGCGAUUACUGCAAAGCUAUGUUGAACCGAUGCUGAUCGAAGGCCGGACGAAGCUGGUAACGCAGUGCAACGGACAGCGGAACAAAGUAAAAACCGCCGACGGGAACGAAAUAGAUACGAUCGUAGUUGAUAAUAGGCACAAAAGUGCAAACGGUAAAACGCUCGUCAUUUGCUCGGAGGGAAAUGCUAGCUUCUACGAGAUUGGCAUCAUGUCUACACCGUUGGAUUUAAAAUAUUCCGUGCUGGGUUGGAAUCAUCCCGGAUUCGCCGGAAGUAGCGGACGUCCUUACCCGGAUCAGGAUCAAAAUGCGAUCGAUGCUGUACUGCAGUUUGCCAUUCGGGAACUUGGCUUUAAGCCGGAAAAUAUUAUACUGUAUGGAUGGAGCAUCGGCGGUUACUCAACGCUUUAUGCAGCGUCCCAGUAUCCGGAGGUGAAGGGAGUAAUUUUGGACGCAACAUUCGAUGAUGUACUGCAGCUAGCUUUGCCCCGUAUGCCGGAACGUAUUUCAAACAUUGUCAAAAUAGCCAUCCGAGAUUACGUUAAUUUAAACAACACGGAACUGAUCGUUCGAUACAAUGGACCGGUGCUGUUGAUACGACGAACGGAAGAUGAAAUUAUUUGCUCAGAAGAUUCUAACCUUGGUACAAAUCGGGGAAAUUUCCUGCUCAUCAGUAUGCUUAAGUAUCGUUUUCCGAACAUCUUCAAGCCGGAACAGGAAGCGCUCGCGAGAGAGUUACUAUCGAAACCGGUUGAUUUCAUCAAGAAUGUGCCGGAAGAGUAUUGUAUCUCACUGCUGAUGUCCUACCUUAGCGACAAUGGCAAUAAUGGUACCAGCCGAAGCUAUCCCAUAGAAAUUGGUGCCGAAUAUACAACCGAGCAACGUAACUCUAUGGUUAAAUUUCUGAUUAAAAAAUACUUGUUGGACUUCAAAUCGACACACUGCACACCGCUUCCAGAGGAAUUCUUUCAGUCACCGUGGGAAAUUCCAUCCGAAACCGAUUAUGUUUUCACAUAAAAAGGACAGGCUAUUAAGUAGGCGCUGUGUAGUUUAUGGUAAGCUACUUUUCUACGUUGAACCAGUGCAGGGUUUUGCGUUUAAUUGUUUAUUAUUUGCCUGCUUUAAUCAAACCUUCUUCGUGUGCGUGUGUCAAAUCUUUCAUAUUCGCCAUUUUAGCUUACCCUGUGCUCUAUUCGUUUGGACUAAUCUAAUGCUCCAUAAAAAUACAAGAAGAGAGAACAAUUGAUCCUACUUUUUACGCAUAUAAAUAUUCACCCGUAGUACUAUUAACAUAUGGCUGGAGAUAGUAACACAUGGGCAAAUUUUGUUUUGUGCAUUUGUGACAGAAAAAUGGAAGCGUGUACUACUGCAACGAUUCCAGAUAUUUAGUACUAUAAAUCCAAAAAUUGAACUGAAAACGAAGACCAGAUUUAGGAGAAAGGGGUAGAAUGGCGGGAAGAAACGCAUCCAUUACAUUCGUAUAAAUGAUAAUAUGAAAACUUACUAUUGAUACAUGGUCAACUGAUAGGUGACGGUAAAGCAAGAGACGAAAAUGAAUGGUGUCCCCUUCAAGGUGAAGGAUUUUUCAACCAAAUAUCAGGAAUAUUUUCCUGCUCUGAUAGAUGGUAAACAGAUCUAAACUAUUUUACCCGUAGGGUGUGUAAUUCUGAUAUAAUCGAAGCGUGGCUGGUGAAAACAAAAUAAAACCUCACAUCAUAAUGUAUUUAUCAGCUGGUGCAA